AUGGCCGCCCAAUCCUCGUCCCCUGCCACCACCAACAUCAUGCUCGCUAUCUACGAGAAGAAAACCACUUCCAUCGAUCUCUACCGCUCCCUCCGCAACUACAUCACCUUCGUCUACUCCGAGCGCGAAGCCCAGAACCUCGAGGACGACCUCCAGACUCUCAAGCAGUACCGCUCCGAUCUCGAGCGUCAGUCCGAUCCUUCCCCUACCGCCCGCCGCGACCUUCUCCAGACCUACUACAAGGUCCUCUGCCUCGUCGAGACUCGAUUCCCUAUCUCAUCUGACAAGGAUCACGUCAACACCCUCACCUUCGUCUGGCACGACGCCUUCAAGAACAAGCUCAAGGCCUCCCAGCAGAGCAUCCAUCUGGAGAAGGCCGCCGUCCUCUUCAAUUUGGGGGCCGUCUACAGCCAGAUCGGCCUUUCCUAUGAUCGCGCUACUGUGGAAGGCCGGAAGCAGGCCAUCCACGCGUUUAUUGCCGCCGCCGGCGCGUUUGCGUACCUGAGGGAUAACGCGUCGGCCAAGGCUUCCAUGGGGUCCAGCACUACUGUGGAUGUCUCGGUGGAGUGUGCCGGGAUGUUGGAGCGGCUUAUGCUGGCACAAGCGCAAGAGUGCGUGUUUGAGAAUACCAUUGCCAAAGGGAGUACUCCUGGGGUUUGUGCUAAGAUUUCGAGGCAGGUUGGGAUAUACUAUGAGGAAGCUUUUGCAGCAUUGAAUGUUGCUCCUCUGAAAGAUCAUUUUGAUAGAGCAUGGAUUGCUCAUGUCCAGCUAAAAGCAGCUCUAUUCUUUGCUGAGGCUUGCUACCGAUACAGUUUAGAGCUCCAUGAGAAGGAAGAAAUUGCUGAAGAAAUUGCGCGGUUGAGAACGGCGGUGAGUGCCUUGGCUGAAGCCAAAAAAAACUCGAGAGGGGCUGCAGCGCAGCUUCUGGAUGCUAUUAGCAAGCUUGAAGCCAAUAUUAAUCGGAAUUUAGAGAGGGCUGUAAAAGAGAAUGAUAGAGUAUACCUCAUGAGAGUUCCAUCACCUCAUUCUUUGCCCCUCCUCCCAUCAUUUUCUAUGGUGAAGCCGUUGCCUAUGAAUGAUGUGCUGGAUGCAAGCAAGGAGAAGAUGUUUGCUAGUCUGGUACCAGAUAAUAGUGCUAAAGCUCUUUCCAGGUACACUGAAAUGGUUGACGACGUUAUCAGGACACAAGCUGAGAAAUUGCAACAGGGGAGUGAACUUGCAAGAGUGCGAUUGAAGGAAAUGGAUCUUCCAGACUCUAUUCUUGUCUUAGAAGGGAGUGUCACAUUGCCUCAAGAUCUUAAAGAAGAUGUUGAAGCAGUGCAGAUUAGCGGUGGUCCAACUGGCUUGGAAGCUGAGCUACAGCAACUAAAGGACUUGCGAAGAGUGAACCAAGAACUAUUAAUUCAGACUGAGGAACUUCUGCAAAAGGAAGCUACAGAGGAUUCUCAAUUUAGAAGCCAAUUUGGCACUCGAUGGACUAGGCCUCAUUCGAGUACAUUGACAAAGAACUUGCUGGAUAGGUUGAACAGGUUUGCUGGGAACUUAAAACAAGCUGCCGAAAGUGAUGCUAGAAUUGAGCGCUCAGUCAGGGACAACUAUGGUCAUAUGGCCAUACUUGAUAAGCGUCCGAUAGAAUCUGCACUUCCUACUUUGUCUCGGCCAAUUAUGUCGCUGGAUGCAAACGAGGAUGCCAUAGUAGGGGCUCUUAAACAGAGUUUGAGGCAAUUGGAGAAUCUUGGUGCUCAACGGGCUGGUCUUGAAGAUAUGCUCAAAGAGAUGAAAAGAAAGGAUGACAUUUUACCAAAGUUGAUGACGUCCACGGGGUCUCAUGACGAUCUGUUCAGAAAAGAGAUAGCAAAGUAUGAUAGCAUUUGCCAGGACAUUGGCCACAAUAUAGAGGCACAGGAACAGCUGCUGUUUCAUAUUCAGGCUCAAAAUGAACAGUUCUCAGCUGUCUUCAAUCUUGAAGACUAUAGAGCAUCUCGUGAGAAGUGCUAUAAGCAAAUACAAGCUGCAGUUGCAAAAUAUCGAGAAAUCAAGGACAACAUCAAUGAAGGAUUGAAGUUCUAUGUCACUCUUCAGGAUGCAAUAACCAACAUAAAGCAGCAGAGCAGCGAUUUUGUGAUGACAAGGAGCAUCCAGUGCCGGGAAAUGAUGGAAGAUGUACAAAGACAGGUGGCAGGAUUGAGUUUCCAGGAUCGCAAGAACACAUCAUCGCCAUCACCAGCUCCUUACAACAACUAUCCCCCGGUGAACCAUCAGAGGUCUCCACCAGCUGAUCCACAGAACGUGCAUCAGCAUGGUCACUCGCAACAAACCCCCCCGUACUAUCAUCAACCCCAGCAGGAACAGUCACCAAUGCCAGGAUAUGCACAUCCUCCGCCCCCAUACAGCACUUCCCAGACGCCACCUCCUUAUCACAUCCCUCAUCCCACACCUGGCGCUCCUUACCCACCGCAGCAGCAGCCACUGCAACCAGGGCAAGAGUAUGGGCAACCAGCGUAUCCGGGAUGGCGUGGCCCAUACUACAACAAUGCACAGCAGCAGCAACAACAAGGGUCAAUGCCACGCCCUCCCUACACAGUUCCUGGUCCAUAUCCUCCUUACCAAGGCGGCAGCAGCAGCGGCGGGGGCUAUUACAAGCAAUGA